CUUCGAAACGGCUCAGAAAGCUCGGCGCGCGUUCGAUGUUACAGUCGAGCGAAAAAUGUCCGGUACGAUCAGUUUCCUUCUCAAACUGUCCUGUGUUUUCAGUUUGUUUUCGACGAUAGCCAGUGCAGUGGACGUUCAAGUCAACCAUGAGAGCAUCUGCGCGGCCCAGCAGACGUGCUUGCAGUGCUUACUCGUGCCGAACUGCGUCUGGUGCUCCGAAUCGCGCAAUAACGGAUCGCUGAUUCGAUGCUCGACGAGGGACAGGUUGGAAAGCGAGAAAGAUCGAUGGUGCCCGGCGGAGUUCGUGGUGGCGGGAAAAUCGGCGUUUGAAAUUUUGGAGAACAGGCCGCUGCACUCGAAGAAGAGUAAAGACCCGGUGCAGGUGCAGCCGCAGAAUAUGCGCGUGACCCUCAGGCAGGGCGAAGAGCUGGUGAUCCGCGUGAACUACAGCAAAGCCGAGGACUACCCGGUCGAUCUCUACUACUUGAUGGAUCUGUCCUUCUCGAUGGAGCCUUACAGAGAUCAGCUCUCGAGACUCGGCGACAAGUUGGCCGAGGCUAUGCAGAAGCUGACUUCGAAUUUCCGGCUUGGUUUCGGCAGCUUCGUCGACAAAGUCGCCCUACCGAUGACCAGUACCGAUCCUGAUAUGUUGAAGUCUCCGUGCAGAAGGUCAAACGGUCAACCAUGUGCGUCUCCUUACGGAUACAAGAACCAGAUGCCUCUGACUGAAAAUGUGGCGCUAUUCAAGUCCAGAGUACAAUCCGCCCCUGUCUCCGGAAACUUGGACGUACCCGAGGGUGGAUUCGACGCCUUAAUGCAGGCGAUAGUUUGCACCGAGAAAAUCGGUUGGAGAAGCAAAGCCAGACACCUUCUUGUUUUUUCCACCGAUGCGAGCUACCACUUGGCUGGAGAUGGGCGGCUUGCAGGAAUAGUCGAGCCCAACGACGAGCAGUGUCACCUCGACAACGACGGCUUUUACAGCUACUCGCUGUUGCAGGAUUAUCCGUCGAUUUCCCAAAUUAACAGGAAAGCCUCGGAGCAGAAGAUAAACAUUAUUUUCGCUGUCCCCGAGCACAUGAACACGACCUACCAGAUACUGACCACGAGGAUCGCCGGCUCCUCGAUCGGCCUGUUCGAGAACGAAGCUGCGAAUGUCGUGUCUCUAGUCAGUAAGGAAUACGAGAAACUGGUCGAUUCCGUCACGAUGACGGAUAACGCGCCUGAGAUGAUAGACGUGAGGUACUUCUCCAAGUGUCUGGACGAAAAUUCGAAGGAGCGCGAGACUUGCGACGGACUCAGGGUCGGCAACGUCGUCGAGUUUCAAGUUGUCCUGAAGGCCGUCGACUGUCCGCAGAAUUCAAAUCAGUGGCGGCAAAAUAUAAAAAUCGGCCCGAGAGGCUUGACCGAAAGCUUGGAGUUGGACGUCGAGUUGAUCUGCAGCUGUCCCUGCGAAGCCGGAAAUAAGAUCAACAGAACAAAAUCUCCGAACUGCACAAACAACGGCUAUCUGGACUGCGGCAUAUGUCUCUGCGACGACGGCUUCUACGGGAAACAGUGCGAAUGCAAAGGAUCGGAAAUCGGCUCCAGUACACUGGACGCUUGCAAAGCUACGAACGACAGCGACGUCUGCAGCGGUCGCGGCACCUGCAAAUGCGGCGUCUGCGACUGCGCGAAGAGAAUGAACCCGCAGGAGGAGUUUUACGGCACUUACUGCGAGUGCGAUAAUUUCUCCUGCAAACGCAGCGGGGGUAUGGUCUGCGGCGGUAAAGGCAAGUGCGAGUGCGGCUUCUGCAACUGCCUGCCAGGCUGGACAGGUGAGACGUGCGAUUGCAAGGAGAGCAACAGCACGUGUAUGCCGACUCACGAGUCCAGCGUCGUUUGCAGUGGCAAGGGCGACUGCAUCUGUGGCAGCUGUCAGUGUCACGAGAUCGAAAACGCUCUAUACUCUGGACAAUUCUGCGAGGACUGUCCUACGUGUCCUGGACAACAGUGCGAAGAGCUGAAGGACUGCGUCGAGUGCCUGGCGUAUAAAUCGGGACCCUUGUGGCAAAACAACGACUGCAGCGGUUGUUCUCAUACGAUCGAAGUGGAAAAGGUCGAGCUACUGAAAGAAGCCGCUGAAAAUGAUGGCGAGAGCAGGACCCGAGUGUGUCGGACACCCGCAGACGGUGGAUGCAGUCUUGUGUUCGAGUACGAGUUGUUGCAUCAGAAGUCGGCUCAGAACAAGGCAAAGUCCUACAGGAUAGUCGCGCAGAAGGACAAGGACUGCCCGAAACCUCUGAAUGUCAUGGGUGUGGCUCUGGGAGUCAUUAUAAGCACAGUAUUGCUGGGAUUUUCCAUUUUAAUGAUCUGGAAGGUCGUGACGAUGAUACACGACAGGAGAGAAUUCGCAAAAUUCGAGAAGGAGAGGACACUGGUCAGGUGGGAACGUGGAGACAAUCCGUUUUACAAAAAAGCCACCACUACCUUCAACAAUCCGACUUUCAAGCAAAACAGCAGAAGUCAAAGCAGUUAAUACUAGUAUAAUAUACAGUCGUUGCCAUAUCUCGUACUUAUUGCGAUUCUACUUAGAAGCGUUAUAUUUACGUUGCUUAAUUGCGCUGAAACAAUUUGUUGAUAUUAUCGGCCAAUUAUUUAUACUGGAAUCAGAUCGAUCAUCGGUUUAUCGUUUCAGAACCCAGUGUCAGAAAAGAAAUCUGCGCAAAAAUAUACAACUCACUUUAAUAUA